UUGAAAAUGGACACUACAAUUUCUGAAACAAUGCAAGUAAAAACAUGAUUUUGCUUCACAUGAGGAGCAAUGCUUUCUCUCUGUGAUAUCCAACCAAGUGGAGAGAUUGAUUGUGAUCUCUGACUAGCUUCUAACCCAGCUUCAAAACUAAUCCAAGGGAAAGACAUUGAAAUGAGUACUAAAUUUAAUCACAGAAAGGAAUGGCUAGAAGACAGUACUCAAAUAAAAAUUUCUCAAAAGAAAAGAGCAAUUAUUGAAGAUGAUUGACCGAAAUGUGAAUCCAACAAGAUGUAUUACUGGUAUGCACAGAUUAGAUCAGUUGAUGAAGGCCAGACUGUCUUCCACGAGUGUGUCAACUGAGGAUAUAUUUUCUCAAUCCAGACAUAAGUAUUUCAACA